AUGAUAUCUGCGCGCGGGCCUGGUGAAAUCUUUCUCGGUGACGGUCCUAAUUCGUGGUAUCAAAAUGUCUUUGUUAAAAGGCCCGAAGUUGGUAAUGCUAGUGGCGGCUUAGAGGAAGACAUCGUGAAGGGGUUCGGCAAAGAGAUCCGGGUAGUCUUCCAGUUGUAUUACUGCGCUGUUAAGCUCACUGCGGAGCUUGUUGAUUUCAGCCUGAGCCUUGAGAUUAAGAUACUUAAGUGGGAGAGAUGGGUGUACCUCGCGGCGACCGCCAUUCUGUCGGUAGCAACUCCCCCUGUUCUUAUCUAG